GCCGCCAUGGCCCAGACACUGCAGAUGGAGAUCCCGAACUUCGGCAACAGCAUCCUGGAGUGCCUCAAUGAGCAACGACUGCAGGGCCUGUACUGUGACGUGUCAGUGGUGGUCAAGGGCCAUGCCUUCAAGGCCCACCGGGCCUUGCUUGCUGCCAGCAGCUCCUACUUCCGGGACCUGUUCAACAACAGCAGCAGCGCCGUGGUGGAGCUUCCGGCGGCCGUGCAGCCCCAGUCUUUCCAGCAGAUCCUCAGCUUCUGCUACACGGGCCGGCUGAGCAUGAACGUGGGUGACCAGUUCCUGCUCAUGUACACGGCUGGCUUCCUGCAGAUCCAGGAGAUAAUGGAGAAGGGCACCGAGUUCUUCCUCAAGGUGAGCUCCCCAAGCUGCGACUCCCAGGGCCUGCACGCGGAGGAGGCCCCAUCGUCGGAGCCCCAGAGCCCGGUGGCGCAGACAUCGGGCUGGCCAGCCUGUAGCACCCCGCUGCCCCUCGUGUCGCGGGUGAAGACGGAGCAGCAGGAGUCGGACUCCGUGCAGUGCAUGCCCGUGGCCAAGCGGCUGUGGGACAGUGGCCAGAAGGAGGCCGGGUGGGGGGGCGGCAACGGCAGCCGCAAAAUGGCCAAGUUCUCCACGCCGGACCUGGCUGCCAACCGGCCUCACCAGCCCCCGCCACCCCAACAGGCUCCAGUGGUGGCAGCAGCCCAGCCCGCCGUGGCCGCGGGAGCAGGGCAGCCGGCCGGUGGGGUGGCGGCAGCAGGGGGUGUGGUGAGUGGGCCCAGCACGUCGGAGCGGACCAGCCCAGGCACCUCAAGCGCCUACACCAGCGACAGCCCUGGCUCGUACCACAAUGAGGAGGACGAGGAGGAGGACGGUGGUGAGGAGGGCAUGGAUGAGCAGUACCGGCAGAUCUGCAACAUGUACACCAUGUACAGCGUGAUGAACGUCGGCCAGACAGCCGAGAAGAUGGAGGCCCUCCCAGAGCAGGUAGCCCCUGAGUCCCGAAAUCGCAUCCGGGUUCGGCAAGACCUGGCAUCUCUCCCAGCUGAACUUAUCAACCAGAUGGGGAACCGCUGCCACCCCAAGCUCUACGACGAGGGCGACCCCUCUGAGAAGCUGGAGCUGGUGACAGGCACCAACAUGUACAUCACAAGGGCGCAGCUGAUGAACUGCCACGUCAGCGCAGGCACGCGGCACAAGGUCCUACUGCGGCGGCUCCUGGCCUCCUUCUUUGACCGGAACACACUGGCCAACAGCUGCGGCACCGGCAUCCACUCUUCUACCAACGAUCCCCGUCGGAAGCCCCUGGACAGCCGCAUGCUCCACGCCGUCAAGUACUACUGCCAGAACUUCACCCCCAACUUCAAGGAGAGCGAGAUGAAUGCCAUCGCGGCCGACAUGUGCACCAAUGCCCGCCGCAUCGUGCGCAAGAGCUGGAUGCCCAACGUCAAAGUGCUCAAGGCUGAGGAUGACGCCUACACCACCUUCAUCAGUGAAACGGGCAAGAUCGAGCCGGACAUGAUGGGUGUGGAGCAUGGCUUCGAGAACGCCAGCCAUGAGGGCGAGGCGGGUCCCUCGGCCGAAGCCCUGCAGUAACCCGCCCGGCCUCAUGCGGGGCCGCACACUCCCCCUCCCAACACACACGCAUACCCGCCAUCUUGGUCAUGAGCUACUGUCUGUCCCUCCCCAGGACCCGCGGUGGGUGCUGCAUGUUCCCGGCCCUCUGCCCCUCCUGUCCCACCCCCUUUCCCCACAGAGAGCUGGGCCAGGAGAGGACUGCAGGGCAGGUAGCGUGAGGUCUGUGUUGCCUUCUUUAACACACACUCGUGCAGUGGGGGAGUUCUGGCUCCCCAACCUAACCCCUAGCCGUCAUCUCCAUACUCACCAGGCCCACCGGGGAGGGGGCUGGCCUGGGGGUCUUGGGAAGGCCCCUCCCCAGGCCCUGGGCCACCUCGAGGAAGCCUUCUUCAGCCUCCGCCCCUCACUGUAGCCCAUUGAGACUUGAGGGGGGCCCCAGGGGUUCUCAGGACACCUCCCACCACCUCCCAGUGCUUCCACGUCUCCAAGAGCGCCUUCCUGUCACCCUCGUCUAUCCCUGCGCCUGGGGGCUGGGGUAGGCGAGGCCGUGGGGACUACCCAUUUUAUAGCUGGGGAAACAGGCUCCGAGAAAUUGCACAACCGACCUAAGGUGGCCGGCAGUGGCGUGCCCGGUGCCCUUUCUCCUCUUUUCCGCCUCUGUUGCCCCCUUUGGUCCUCUGGGGCCUCAGAGAGGCAGGUCCUAAAGGAGAGGGGGUCUCCUGGGGACAGACCAAGGGUCUCGGAGGAUAGAAUGAGAGGUUUCCAGGGCUGGCAGAGUGUGUGCGUGUGUGUGUGCAGAAGUUUUGCUUUCAAACAAAUGAAGAUACAAGAGGCAGUAGGACCUGGGUUGGAACCCAGGGGAGCAGACUGGGGGGCUGCUGCCCCUCUCUCCAUCUCCCCACCCCCACCCCGCCCCACAGCAGGGCUCCUGGCCCCCACCCCCCUGUACAUAAUUUUUAAAACAUUUUUUUAGCGAAUGAAAUAUUGAAGUAUAAGACUCCUUUUAUUUUUCAAACCAAUGGGGCUGUGUCUGUUGUCCCCCUCGGUCCCCAGGGGUGGGGGGGCCUUGGAAGGCAGGGUGGUGUUGGGGGGCUGGGGGGGCAGGCUGAAUGUGUGUGUGUGUGUGGAGUGUGGGUGUGUGUCUCCAUGGUAGGACUCCAGUCCCAGCUGCUGCCUAGGCUCCUGUGGGUCCGACCGGGUUCCCCCUCCCCUGUCCACCUUCCCCAACAGGGCUAUGGUUUAAAGGUGUCCCAGGCCUUGGCUGGUUGGCUGGGCCCAGCUCCUGGGGGCUGGGCAGGGCCGGGACUUCCAUUGUUAGCAGUUGUUUGCAGAAUUUUCUCUUUUACCAUUCCUCUCUUUUUGUUCUCGCCCAGACUGGGUGGUUUUUUGUUUUAGAUUUUCAUGUGAAGGCAGAGAGUUUUUUUUCUUUUUUAACUCCCCAUCCCCCUAUGCGGGGUGUCAUUUCACCAUCCACAUCCACAUCCUUGUUUGCGUUUCUGGCCCUCGUCCUCCCUGCCUUUCCUCUGCCUCCCCAACCCCCGCUACCCACUGCUCCCAGGGGUCUCUCCAGGGGCAGGGGGAUUUCAGGAGAUGGGGUGGGGGCCAGCCCCUACUGGACCCUUGUAAUCUGAUUUGGAGACCAUCCCGAUGAUGGGACCAGCAGCCUCGCCGGCCCACUGGGGGGUCCCUCUUAACAUCUGCUUGUUGCGGGGGUCAGUCAUGAGUGCCAGGGUCUGGCUGGGGUCUUGGCACUGUCUUCCUGGCCGGGGCCUGGCACCUUAGCCCCCAGCCGGCCCGAGUGGGGGAUAUCGACACCCCCAGCUAAAGCACAAGCACCUUAGUCACCCCUCCUCUCCCCCCGCCUCCUGGCCUGCCACCCCACCCCAGCGUUUACCCCAAAGCACAAUGCCCUGGUCACUUGGCAAGCGGCUGGGCCUGAUGGAGGCUGAGGGGCAGACUGGG